AUACAGCGCGUACUUUACUUCAGUGCCACCUUGAGAUGGAUUUCUACAAUCAAGGUUACGAAGAAAACAAGCUUGGGAUGACGGUAACAAGCGGUUGUGUAAAACUAAAAAAGGACGCACAAAACUUAGUAGGAAUCAGCAUUGGAGGCGGGGCUCCAUACUGCCCAUGUCUUUACGUUGUCCAAAUAUUCGACUCAACUCCAGCCUCAGAAGAUGGUAGUCUUCAAGCUGGUGACGAGAUCACUGGCGUUAAUGGGAUAUCUGUCAAAGGCAAAACCAAAGUGGAAGCUGCACGACUUAUCCAGAGUUUUAAAGAUGAAGUAAUAAUCAAUUACAACAAACUUCAUGCAGAUCCAAAGCAAGGAAAAACGUUAGACUUGAUUUUGAAGAAAGUUAAACAUCGUGUUGUUGAAACAAUGGAAUCUAGUACAGCGGAUGCUUUAGGCUUGAGUCGAGCUAUACUUGUUAAUGAUAGUAUGGUGAAAAAGUUAGAAGAAUUGAAUAAAACAUCGAGUGCAUUUUCCGGUAUGGUAAAUCAUGCCAAAAAUUUGUUGCGUGCAAUUUAUGAACUUUCUCGAGUAUAUGCUGUACUUGGAGAUACAUUCUCGGAAAUUGGUGUGAAAGAGCCUAUGGCGUGUACUAGUGAGGCAUUCACUCAAUUCGGCACUAUUCAUCGAAGCAUGGAGCGUUUUUCAAUUGAAAUGUUGAAAAAGAUUAAACCGAUGAUUACAGACUUGAACACAUUUCUACGCAAAGCUGUUCCUGAUACAAAACUAACAAUUAAAAAGUAUUUAGACGUCAAAUUUGAAUAUUUAUCGUAUUGUCUCAAAGUGAAGGAGAUGGACGAUGAAGAAUAUGGGUUUGCUAUGGUUCAGGAACCACUGUAUCGUGUGGAGUCUGGAAAUUAUGAGUAUAGACUUGUGCUGCGAUGUCGGCAAGAUGCACGUACGCGAUUUGCUAAAAUGCGCAACGAUGUUUUAGUAAAAUUGGAACUGUUAGAUAAUAAGCAUGUUUGUAGUGAAGUUGAACAGUCUGUAUCCGAGGGCUUUUUCGGUCUGCCUUUGCGUGUAAAAGACUUAUUCCAUGAACUUCGAGGUGUAACGAAAUUAUAUGACUGGCAGAAAGAGUGUUUGACUUUGACAACUGUGGCGAAUGGGGCUAAUCUCAUAUACAGUCUGCCUACAAGUGGAGGGAAAACGUUAGUUGCGGAGAUUCUUAUGCUCAAGGAGCUUCUGCUUCACAAUAAAAGUGUGCUUUUUAUUUUACCCUUCGUCUCGAUAGUUCAAGAGAAAGUGCGAUCACUUACUCCAAUGGGUUUGGAACUUGGUUUCUGGGUCGAGGAAUAUGCUGGUAGUCGUGGUAGAAUCCCUCCAGUUAAACGCAAAGGAUCAUAUUCCGUUUUACUGGCUACCAUUGAGAAAGCACAUACAAUUGUUAAUUCUUUGAUCGAUACAAAGUCAUUGGCUACUUUAGGACUGGUCAUUGUGGAUGAGUUACAUAUGAUUGGCGAUGGUGGACCUCGUGGUGCAUGCUUGGAAAUGAUCCUUACAAAAUUGCAUUUGGCUUCUCCUACUACUCGUAUUAUUGGUAUGAGUGCGACGCUCGCUAACAUCUUAGAACUGACGAACUUUCUAAAUGCAGAAUUGUAUGUCAACAAUUUUCGUCCUGUCAAGCUAAUUGAAUAUGCGAAAGUUGGUGAUCAUCUUUAUGAGAUUACAUCAAGCAAAAGUACUCAUUGUUCAUGUGAAGAAAACAGUUUUGCCGAUAGACUUAUUCAUCGCCGUACAGUAAACUUUCAGUAUACCAAAAAAAUGCUUUUUCAAGAUCCAGAUCACUUAGUUGCACUGGUGGCAGAAACUCUACUCGGUCAUUCAAUGAAUGAUUGGUGUAGUAGUCGACUGUUCCAUCCAUCAUUUAACCGAUCGUCAAAAGAAAGAUUUUCUUGUUUAGUAUUUUGUCCAACUAAAGUGCAUUGUGAAAAUACAGCCAAAAUGUUAGCAGAAUUUCUACCCUUGGCGGCAUGUUUCCCUCAUUCUAAUGAUGAAGACUACACAAUGGAAAAGGGUAUUGUUGAGCAGAGAUUAUUACUAUUGGAGAAUUUACGCCUUGAUAAUGUGGUCGAAAAUGUUAAUGCAAAUGAUCCCAAGUGUAAAGUUCAAGCACAUUGUCCAGUGUUAGAAUACACAAUUCCUAAGGGAAUUGCCUAUCAUCAUAGCGGACUUACUCAAGAAGAGAGGAUUGCAUUGGAAACAGCUUAUAAUGAAGGAGUUAUCCGAGUUCUGUGUUGCACGUCUACAUUGGCUGCUGGUGUUAAUCUGCCCGCUAGAAGAGUAAUCAUACGAAAACCCUAUAUUGGCAGCUCAUUUUUGUCUGGUACUCAAUAUCAACAAAUGGUUGGACGCGCUGGUCGUGCAGGCUUGGAUACUGUUGGUGAAAGUAUUACAAUAUUGCAAGCAAAUGAACAAUUACCGUUCGCCCAUAUGUUAUCUAACAUACCUCGAGCAUCAUCGGAUCCUAAAAUUACUGAAGUGACUAAUCAAACCGCUGGUCUGUGUAAUAGCAGUUUGUUACAUGAAAAUGGAAAGGGUUUACGCCAACUUAUACUAUCAAUCAUCGGUCUUGAACUAGCUGUUACCUACUCAGAUAUCCUAUGGGCAUGUGAGAAAACCUUAUUGGCUGUUCAGUCUCGAUUAUAUCAGCAUGGAAGUUUUGAAGAUCUAGUUCGCGUUGCAUUAAACACCUUGGUUGAAAUGGAGCUUAUCGUUGUUGUAUCCGUCAAUGCCUUUCUAAGCAAGACAACACCCGUUUCAGGAAAUACCGUUGAGUUGGAGAAAGCUCGAUUCCAGGCAACUAAAUUAGGCAGAGCAUCAGUGAAAGGUGGAAUUGAUACAGAUCGCAUUGGAUCCUUGAUAUCAGAUUUACGCAUGGCAGCAAGAGCGAUUAAUACCAGUGGUCCAUUGCAUUUACUGUAUUUAAUUGCACCGCCUGAAGUUGUGGACACCAUACAAAUCGACUGGAGUGUACUUUUCGAUCGUGUCAAUCUUAUGCCAGAGAACGAGACGAAUCUAGUUAGUCUUCUGGGAUAUCCUGAGGGAUAUAUUUUAUGGAAAGCAACUGGCCAUUCUAUAAAACGAAAACUAGAUGAACGACCUCUUCGUCGGUUGUAUGUAGCUUUAGCUCUUGCUGAAUUAUGGCAUAAUAGAUCAACUUUCCCAAUAUGGUUUGUGGCUGAACGUUACAAAUUUUCACGUGGCGCUCUUCAAUCUAUGCUAACUUCAGCUGCAUCAAUGGCUAAUUCAUUGGCGCAUGCAUUAGGUAGUGAAUUUUCAACUGAUUCAGAAUUAUGGGCAUUUGCCCAUCUACUACCGGAAUUCGCUACAAGACUGGCUUAUUGUGUUUCUAGUGAAUUACUGCCUCUAAUGGAGUUGCCGGGAGUGAAACGGACCAGAGCACGACAGUUGUACAGUCUAGGUUACUGUACUUUGAAAGAUGUAGCAUGUGCUAGUGCUUCUGAGCUUACCAGUCGUAUGGCCCAAUUUUUAUCCAAACGUGUCGCCAAAGAGAUCAUACAAGCUGCUCAGAUGUUGGUAUCGGAGAAAGCUGAUGCUCUUUUCCAAGAAGCUAAUGAAAUGUUAUCUGGAGUCGGAACUAAGAGUUUACUUUCUCAAAUGGCUGAUUACUUGAAGUGUAAGCCAUUUUCUCCCAAAUUGACCAAUCCAGUGAAUGGGAAUGACUGUAAAUUUGACCCAUCUAGGGUGAUUGAUGAGGAAGAUGAAGAUUUGUUCGCAUAAUGUUGAUAAUGACAAUAAUGUGACUUUUUAUUCUAUGUUUAAUCAUUUUUUAUCACAAUGAAUGAUCCCUUCUUUUUCUUGAAGCCUAUUGUCUUUCAUUAUGUUGUGGUGUGAUCUCUGUUUGAAUUUUUUUGAAGACGAAUAAGUUAGUUGGUCACUUUGCUUACACUGGAAUAUUUUCUCGAUGACGACUCGUUUGAUUACAAAUAUAUGUAAUUUCCCAC